AUGGCCGCCACCGUGGCGACCGUGGUCCUCUUGGGCCUUGUGGCGCUGCCUGCCUCCUCGGGUGUGGCAGCCAUUGACGAGUGCAGCAACUUUACCACGUGUGAAACCUGCCUUUUCAACGGCUCCUCCUCAUCCCGCCGCGUCUACUGCGGCUGGUGCCACUCCAACGUCGUUUACAAAGAUUGUGCCGUGCUUUCGCCAGACAAUAGCAUUGGCAAAAAGUGCGUCGAUGUCCGCGGCCCCUCCUUCAUCUGCCCCUCUGAGUACAACACCGACCAGUGCACCGCCGACUAUGCUUGCGACUAUGCAACUGGCAAGUGCAGCCUGGCCCCGGCCGGCAGCGGUCUCUACCCCGACCAAAACUCUUGCCAGGCCCAUUGCUUCAAGACCCCCUCGACCUACCUUUGCAACACCACUACCUACCAGUGCCAGGAGUGCAAGUCGACCAGCGAUCCCAACUGCUCUGACAAGACCACGGCCUGCGAGAAUUGCAACCCGCCAGCCUCGGCCAAGUUCAAGUGUGACAUCUCCAACCCAGAGAGCCCCACCUGCAAGCAGUGUGCCAUCAACGAAGCCAACUGCUCAGACUUCAAGACGGCUUGCUCCAAGUGCAACAACGGCCCCAACCCCACCCCGGCCUCAACCACCACCACCGCCCCGGGUCCCACCCCGCCUGCACCUCCAACCCCGCCCCCGACCCCCACUCCUCCCCCUCCCCCGCAAAAGUUUUACUCUUGCAACCCGACGCAACUGGUGUGCGAAGAGAGCGCCUCGGGCAACCCUCAGAGCUUUUGCAACGCCACCUGCGGUCACUUUCCCCCCGCCGACCUCAAGGACAAGACCUUCCGUGGUGUUGAAAUUUCCAAGCGCAUCACCCUGGGCGAGUUUGACUUCAACUUUUCCGACUCCACCGUCACCCUCCUCUAUCCCAACAACACCCAGGGCGUGGCCAACGUCACCAUGAACGGCCAAACCGUCUUCACCUGGCUCUCGGGACCCCUGGCCGGUACUUCUCAGAACAUUUUGGACACUGAAGCCAACUACGGCCCUGAGACCAUCGCUCGCUACAUUGCCCUCGCCCCGCCUGGCCAGGACGCCCCCUACACCGUGAACCAGGCCAUGCAAAUGCCUGGCGUGCAGGUCUUUGUCGUUUUUGCCUGCGAAGAUUGGAAGUCGGGCUCGUGCAACUUCUCCUCCGUCUUUGACUCUGCUCGCGCCCAGGCCCAGGCCUUGGUCAAGACCCACCUCGCCCCGGCCGUGCCCCACCGCCGCCCCCGUCACCUCUACGCCCAGCCUAUCGCGGAGGUCCAGGCUCCGGCCGACACCGAUCCCUGCAAUGCCUUCACCAACUGCAGCGAGUGCGUUGCUGCCGCCCCUGGUGGUGAUGUCAAGUGCGGCUGGUGCAUGGGCGGCCACCUCCACUACAAUUCCUCCGGUGACUCCCCCUACAAGUGCGCCGGCUACACCAACGGCAUUCCCCAUGCCUUUACCUGCGAGGGCUUCCGCACGGAGGACUGCUCGGGCUACAGCUGCAACUGGACUCAGACUCUGCCUCAGUGCUACAAGUCGGACGAAGGCGAAUAUCAGGAUGACGCCUCGUGUGAGGCCACCUGCCAGCCCAACCAAAUGGCCUCCUGCAACCCCCUCACCAAGCAGUGCGAGAUCUGCUCCCAGGGCUCGCCCAACUGCACCCAGACCAAGGCCGAGUGCGAUGCCAUCUGCGACCUGCCCCACGCCAAGUGCAACAUGCAGACCCUCCAGUGCGAGUCGUGUGACAUCAGCUCCGACCCCGACUGCACCGACACGGUGGGCUCGUGCCAGGAAAAGUGCACCAACCAAACCGCCAGCUUUGGCGAGUGCGACCCCCUCACGGGUCAGUGCAUUCCCUGCAACCCGGACAACCACGAGGCAGGCUGCGUCAAGCACUGCAACGCUUCGUGCGCCUUUGGUGGCCUGUACAUUUGCAACCACACUGACCAGACUUGCCAGCAGAACUUGAACGGCAACAUGUCCCUCGAGGCCUGUGUCAACGACUGCCUGCCCCCCAACCCGCAGCACGGCAACUUUGGUUGUGACUUUAGCAACCCAGCGCAACCCAAGUGCGUUGCUGGCGAAGGUAACCAGACUCAGACUGACUGCAGCCGCAACUGCCACGCCCCGCCUUUUGCCAAGUGCAACUACGUGACUGGCCAAUGCGAAGCUUGCAACACCACCGACCCUGCCUGCCAAUACACCACGGCCGAGUGCGCCGUCUUCUGCCACGCCUCGGGCGAGCUCCUAGGCAUUUUCCGCGGUAUUGCCAUCAACAAGGACUUUACCCGCACCGAGUGGGAUGUGCAAUUUUUCAGUGAUGGCAAGGUUGCCUUUAUGGACCGUGCAACCAAUGACAAGUAUGAGGCCGACUUUUCGCUUCAGGGCAAUACCUCCAGCGGUGGUGCCCCGAUCACCCUCUCCUUCCACCAAGCCCCGGCCAACGGAGCCCUCCCCGUUCAACCUGGAGAUCAGGUCGCGGGUCUGUAUCUGACUUUGAACGGCGAGGCCCAAGAGAUGCGUUUCCUCUACCUGGGUCUUGGCACGGCUUCUACUCCCGCCACAGACUUUGACACGGCCAUGAGCACGAUGGAAUUUGCUCUUGUGGGCUGCCUUGCGACCGACGGCUCGUGCAACUUUUCGCCAGCCACUAUCCCUGAAUAA